GGUGUGAGCCCCUGUGUUGUGUACGGCGGCGGCUGCUGGCUGGGGAGAGAGUGCUGAGGCCGCAGUCACUGUGUGGUGUACGGGAGCGGCGUCGCUGUGUCAGUGCGAAGGGUUUAGGUGCUUUCCUGCACGGAGCGCAGCGAUGGAGGCUCAGGAUCUCGGCAGCUAUUACAAUUUCCAACAAGCCCAGGCAUUUUAUGCUUAUCCAUUCCACCAAAUGAUGAAUUCUCCUUCAAGCAUGGAACUGGGAAAUGAGCAGAGGACUCUGCACACCCUUACCGGAGUCCCCACUCAUGAGCUGCAGGCUUUUUCCGGCAUGCCGGCCAACGAGCCUCAGAUUCUCCACACUUUGACUGGUGUGCCAUCCCAUGAACCUAUCAAUAUGCAAACAUCAACUGAGGUCCCAUAUGUUGCUCAGGAGCCUGUGCAAGAAGAGCCUACAAAGGGGAAAAAAAAGAAGGGUAAAACUCCAGCUGAGCCAAAACCAAAGAAACCAGCUGCGAAGAGCACAAAGACCCCCAAAUCAGGAAAACAAGAGAAGAUCACAGAUGCCUUCAAAGUUAAAAGAAAAGUGAACCGUUUUAAUGGUGUAUCCGAGGCUGAGCUCAUGACUAAAACUCUACCAGAUAUUCUAACCUUUAACUUGGACAUAGUGAUUAUUGGAAUCAACCCAGGUCUUAUGGCAGCUUACAAAGGCCAUCACUACCCCGGCCCUGGAAACCACUUCUGGAAGUGUCUAUUCCUGUCAGGACUAAGUGACAAGCAGCUCAACCACUUAGAUGACCAUGCUCUUCCAGAGACCUAUGGCAUUGGCUUCACCAACAUGGUGGAGAGGACCACACCUGGGAGCAAGGACCUCUCUAGCAAGGAGUUUCGAGAAGGAGGAAGAAUUCUUUUACAAAAGCUACAAAAAUAUAAGCCCCGUAUAGCUGUCUUUAAUGGAAAAUGUAUAUAUGAAAUUUUUAGUAAAGAAAUCUUUGGCGUCAAGAUUAAAAAGUUUGAAUUUGGAAUCCAGCCACACAGAAUUCCAGAAACAGAAACACUGUGUUACGUCAUGCCUUCUUCCAGUGCCAGGUGCGCACAGUUUCCCAGAGCGCAGGACAAGGUACAUCACUACAUCAAGUUAAAAGACUUAAGAGACCAACUGAAGGGUUUAGAAAGUGCCAGGGAAGUCCAGGAGGUACAGUACUCCUUCGACUUACAGCUGGCGCAAGAGGAUGCAAAGAGACAAGCAGUAAAAGAAGAGAAGUAUGAUCCUGGCUAUGACGCUGCUAACUUCCCUGCUCUUAAUGAACAGACACCUAAUGGAGAAGGUGGAUUGUGUAACUUGCCUGACCCUACAGCACCUUGUAACUCAGAGUUUGCUGGCCAGGAUCAGAAUGGACAGUGGAUGUCUCAACCUUUUGCUGAGCAGAUGUCUACAUUCAACCACUGUGAAGAACAGCAGGAGGAAGGCAGCAGUGCUUGAGACUGGCCUGCUUUCCAAGCUAUGCAAGCACACUGCAGUUUUAUUGCAGUCACAAGGGACUGUACCUCAGUUGCUUAACUGAAGCCUUUUGUUUUCGGUUUAUUUUUAUUUUAUUUUUUUGUUUCAAUUUUACCUUUUAUUUUAUUAUAAUGUAAGCAUUAGUAGUAGCUAUUACCUUUAAAAGUAGGUAGUUUUCAAUUAUAUAUUUGAACUUUUAGAAGAACAUUAACUAAAGUAAAUGUUUUUGGUACAUCCUUUUUUCUAUUUAACAUUUGCUGUUUAAUGCAGUUGUUCACAAACUGCAUGUCCUGCACAUUUUGGUGUUUUCAUUAUUGGGGGGAAUAACUUUUACCGGUUACACCUACCUUUUAGCCUUUCUAUGGGUAUAUUUUAAAGGUGGUGAUGUAAAUGUUGGGCAUCGUGGUUUCCUUUUAACAAAAUGGAUAAUUAUGUGACUUCUUACUCCGUGUGAGCUGUAAUAAGCUCCAUGAGGACUUUAUAUCAUGCAUGUAGUCCACCCACCAGGACGUGACUGUUGUUCAUUGGUAGUAGUGUUGACUUCUGCAGGGAAAGGUUUGUGUACUGUAUUAUGUCUUGUAGUGUAUUCCCACUUCAGCUACAAGUUGAUUUCAUACUUUGAUAUGAUAGACCUUACUCAAUGGCUGCAGUAAGAAAUAUGAAGCCUUACAUACAUUUUUAUUUAAUAUCUUACAUUGUGUUUUAUGUACUUGAAGUAUCUACAUAAUUUUAAAAGCAAUGUCUCUAUUUUUGUUUUAAAAUCCAGUCUCAAAAUUUUUAUUUAUUUUUUAUAUGUUAUUGACUGUAGUGUGAAUGGAAUCCUUGUACUAUGGAAAAGAUGGAGGGGACUAGCGCUCCCAAUGCAAUCUUGUAUUGCACAGUCUGUUUCCAUGAACUGACUCUUUUGAGAGGUCACAAUGUGCUUUAUAUGUGAAUAUAUGUAACUGAUUUUAUACAAGUCAGCCUUCUAGCUGUACUUCUGUUGUAAUAAAAUAGUUUACAUACAGGAUAUUUUUAAGUUCACACUCAGUGAGCACCAAAUAUCCAUUCUAAAGUACUGCGCAUUUGAGUUUUAAUGGUAAAUAUUUAUUCAAACUAUCGGAAUACUAUUUCCAUGGUAAAAUAUCAAAUAUGUGACAUUCCACAUUAUAAUGUAACGAUUGGUGCUAUAGCCAGGCUUUGAUACAUUGUUUAGAGAUGAGCGACUUUUCAAAACGAAAAAUAAAUUACCAGAAAUGUGUGCAAAAUGUUGGCAUAGCUUUGCUCACCUCUAAUAUUAUGUAUUAACAUCUGGAUCUGCUAGAGGACAGCAGUGUCCCAUAUUGUGAGUUUGUCAUUUGAAGAAUAUACAGUAUAUUUUUUUUCUUGUGUCUUUAGCAACUGUCUGGUUGAAAUACUGCAUUACACAUUGUUACCAAUACUGCUUUUUGAAAGUGUUUUUUUGUGUUUGUGCUUAUUACUGCUGAUUGUUUGUUGCCUUUUAUUAACUACAGAAACAAGCAUCAACAACUAGCAUACUGAAAAUAAAAUCCAAAAUGAACAUUUUUAAAACGUCUAUUUCCUUUACUUUUAAAAUGAAUCAUUAAAUAUUAAAGACUGCAACCUUUUGGGGCUAUUUUGUUCUUUUAAGACUGUUGAUGAUUUAUUUUUCAUUUUAUCAUUUUAGAACUGAUGUAUGUACAUGUAGAAGCAUAGACUAUUUGUCAAGACUGGGUGCUGCUUCUAUUGAGUAUUUCUUUCCACAAGUUGGUAAUAAACCUUGAGAAGGAAUAUACAAAGACAAACAAAA